UUUUCUCGUCUUCGUUAAUUCUUCUUCUCCCUCUCUUUCUCUAUUUUUCUUCUCUCGUCUCUCUGCUUCGUCUCUCAUUCUCUCCUUCGUCUCUCUCUGUAUUGACAUGGAUGAUAACCCGAACUCCACUCUUUCCAUUCUUGGUGGCAUAAAUUUUGAUCCAGAAGAAGAUGAUGGGUUACUUCAGGAUCCUCCUCCCAUUCAAAGGCCAAUUGUCUCUGUUGUGUCGGAUUCUUCUUCCGCCAUUAAUGAAGCCAACAAGAAAACAGAUUCUCCAUCUUCAAGAAACGGUGAAAGUAGUGAAACCAGAGAGUUAAAAACAGUAGCUGAAGAAGACGACCAUAAUGAUGGAUAUGAUCCCAAGGUUGAUAGGGGAAAGAGAAAGCUUAUGGGUGAAGAAGAAACAAGCUACUCAAGAAAGAAGAAGGCAUUUUCAAACAUAGUUUCUGGAAUGCAGUAUCAAGCUUCUGCAGAGGAAUCAAGACACUUGCAGCAAUAUCUGGGUGGUCCUAGUUCAGCAGCUCCAGUGCAGCGGCUUAAUGCUCGACAAGAAGGAACGUUUUCUCAAGCUUAUGAUGACCAGCAUAGACCAUGGCUUAAUCCGAGAUACAAUCACUGUGAUAGGGCACAAAGAUCGAUCUCGUCCACAGCUCCAGUGCUGCAGCCAGUACCAAUAUAUCAGCCUUCACAUCACAAUCAGAAUCCAAGGCUUAAUCAGAUUGUUAGGAGUGGUCCAACGAUGAACCUGCAGCAGCAACUCAGAGGACCAAACCAUGGAUCAACAUCGUCUACAAGUGAUGGAAACAUUUUCAGGGAACCUAUUGGUAUGGAGCGACAACGUUUUCUAGAUGCAGCACCUCAGAACACAUAUCAGCAGCUUUCAGUGACUAACCAGAUUCAAGGGCAUGCAUUAGUACAUCACAACUAUGAACCAUGGAGACUUCAGAACAUAUAUCCUCAGCAUCCAUCAGCUUACCAGAUGACCAAUCCAAUGCCAGGGCAAAUGAGGCCAAUGCAGCAUUCGAUGAUGUACUCGUAUCAGCAUCCAGUGGCUAACCCACAGAACUUAUAUCAACAUCCAGUGGCUUACACGCAGGCUGAGCAGAAUCAAAUUCAACAAAUGCUGCAACUUGCGCCUCAAACGCAACAGCCAACGCAGUCUCAAGGUUUUAACGCUGGACCAUCUUCUGAACAAGGUCAAGAUCAGCAGCAGCCUAGGUAAAACGACUCUUGACAUGGUUUUCAAGUUUAUCUUUUAGCUAAAACUCUCUUGGGGUUAUUUUGGUAACUGUAAAUAAACUGGUGAUGGUGACUGUUUAGCAUUGAAAAAAUCUGAACAAGCAAGAGUAAUACCAAAGUUUUCUUCAUUAUGAAGUCCUAAACAAAUGGUUUCAAUUUCG